AUGCCGAACCAAGUGUUAACUAUAGAGCCACAAAAUGAACUCAAGUUCAAAGUUGAUUUUUCAGGAUUGUUUGAGCUAGGCUACACAACCUACAUGAAGCUCACAAACCCGUCAGAACAUACUGUCUUGUUUAAGAUCAAGACCACAGCCCCAAAGAAAUAUUGUGUUCGUCCCAAUUCUGGGGUGCUCGAACCUAACUCCAAAGUUGACAUAGCUAUCACACCACAGGCUGUUCAUGUGGAUUCCAAUGAAAAACAUAAACAUAAAUUCAUGGUUCAAAGUGUGAUUGCCCCAGAAGGAAAGACUAAUAUAGAUCAAGUGUGGAAGGAAAUUAGUCCUGAUCAGUUAAUGGACUACAAGCUGAAGUGUGUGUUCGAGACUCCAAGAGGAACAAGUCUUAAUGAUGCUGGAGAUAAUGUCGCGCAGAAUGAAAUCUCCAAGAAGCGAGUAGCAGUCGCCGCAACGGAAGAUUCAAAGUCACUUUCAAAGGAUGCUGUAGAAGGUCUUCAGAAUGAAGCUAAGAGGAAGAAUGAUGACCUCACUUCAGGAUCUUUAAAUGCCAAAACGACUGCUUUCCCAAAAUCUGAAAACCUCGAAAGCGAUUUGCAAAAGGCGACGAAUGAAGUCAUUCAUUUGAGGGAGGAGGAAAGCAAAUUAAGACAUGAAAAUCUGCGAUUAAAAGAGGAGUUGCUCCGCUUGCACCAGACGGUGGGUGGGGAGGGUCGCGCCCGUCGUCACUCAUACGGGCCGGAGAAGAAUGAGCAGAUCGCUCUCAUGCCAUGGAUCGCCACAGCCAUAGGCAUGGCCCUCCUCGGCAUCAUCAUAGGCAAGUUCCUUAUG